AUGGCUGCACAUGGGCAGGGACUCCCAGAGAGUCCUUCCCGCAGCCUCAGGACCCCUGGGCAUGGCAUCUCUCUCCCCCCAGGUGACAGGCUCCUGCAGGUAGACAGAAAGAGUCUGAGUGGCUUCACCCACAAGCAGGCCGUGCAGUGCCUCAAGGGCUCUGGGCAGGUAAGGGCACCCUCACUCAUUCCUGGGAGAAAGAGGCCCAGGACUGCACAGCAGUGUCCUUCUGUUAAUAGCAGGACGGGAGUUGAAUGCACGGCUGUUUCCUUGGCAACAGCCUUGCCUGGCAGGCCUGCAAGCUGUGUCUUGGUGACAGAUGGUGUGAAGUUUGAAUUCAAACUGAGGAAGACUGCUGGUGGUGUGGGAUUCCGUUUUGUGCAGAUGGAAGAGAGCUGCAGCCACCUCAAUAAUGAUCUUGUGAGGCAUAAGCGGCUCUUCCCAGGGCAGCCAGCUGAGGAGAGAGCCUUCGCAGCUGGUGGCAUUAUCCUGGCUGCAAAUGGAAAGCCCACGGAUGGCUCCUCUUCCAGGGAAUUGCUCCAUUUACUGCGAGGGGUCUCAGAAGUCACACUCCUGCUUUACACCCCUCUGGGAGUCUUGCCUGAGAUGGACCAGGGCUGGCAGGCAAGAUGUGGUGCCCCUGCCCUCUCCAUAGGCCUCUCUUCAGGCACCCCGUUUCCUGGCUGGUGCAUUUGA